UAAUGGCGAUAUCUAUAGACUUUUAAGGUUAAAUCAUUGUUGACGUUUUAUUCCUUUUUUUUAAUAUCUAAAUGUCAGUGAAAAGAUUAAAAAUAAAACUUUUAGAUACCAAUCCUUAUAUGUGAUGGACAUUGGUUAUGAUACUUUAAAGCAAUCGUGAGUAAAACAGCUUCUAUUUCUCUUUUAUCAACAGAAUGCGGAAAUGUGUUGCCCAUAACCCCUAUUAAGUAAACAAAACUUCAUGCAGAACAGAACUGUCUAGUUGCUAUUGGCUUUAGUGUGAUAUCCUGGAGGGAGGAGCUGUUUGGUUCUACUGAAACGAAUGAUAGCUAAAUGUGUUGGGGAAGAUACUGCAAAACAUGCUUUAUUGCCAACAGAAGAGCAAAGUACAAUAUAUGGGGCUUUAGAAGUAGAGCAACUGGUUCUUUACAGUUCCUGUCAUAACUUUUAUCGGUCGAGUGUUUCUACAGAGGAUUGUUUACAGUCAUGGCAGACGCUCUGUCCUUCCUGGAAGAGGAUUUGACCUGUCUCAUCUGUUGUGAUAUCUUCACCGAUCCGGUCACUCUGAAAUGUAGCCACAGUUUGUGUGAGGAAUGUCUCCAGCGUUUCUGGAGAACUCAGGACGUGCCGCAGUGUCCGGUCUGUCGGAAGAAAUGCUCACAAGACGAGCCCACCAAGAGCCUGGCGUUCAGAGCGCUCUGUGAGUCCUUCAAGAAGAGAAAACCCACAGCUGUUUCAGGAGAUGUUUGUCCAGAACAUAAAGAGGCUCUCAAACUCUUCUGCUUUGAGGACCAGCAGCCCAUCUGUGUCGUCUGUUACACAUCAAAGAAGCAUGAAAAUCACAAGUGUUCUCCUCUCGAGGAGGCUGCAGGGAGCUUAAAGGAGGAGCUCAAGACUCAAAUGGACAGACUUCAGGCAACACUCGCUGACCUCAAGAAAGCCCGUGAGAACUGCGUCAAACAGGCUGAGCUCAUUAAGGUGCUGUAUUUGGUUAGUGUUGUAAGACUUGUGAAGAUUAUGUUAACAAAAAGGGUUCUUAAACUAUUUCAGGAACACAUCAGUAAGACAGAAAACCAGAUCAAGGAGGAAUUCGAGAAGCUCCAUCAGUUUCUUAGAGAGGAGGAGGAGAAACACAUCAGAUCAUUCCAGAAAGAAAUGCGACCUCAAGAUGAGAAACUCGAGGCCAAAUUGGAGGAGCUGUCCAAACAGAUAUCGGAUCUGUCUGAGUGUAUGGCAGCAGUCUGGCAGGACAUGGAAGUUGAAAACAUCUCAUUUACCCAGAAUUACAAUGAUACAUUAAAAAGACUCCAGCACCCAUCAGUACCAAACACGUCCCCAGAACUACAGGAAUAUCAGCACUAUCCCACUCAGACCGUGAUCUUCACCACUUGGGCCAGAAUGCAGAACCUUGUGCAACAGCCUCCUGUGACUCUGGAUCCAGACACAGCAUCCAGUAAACUGCAGGUGUCGGAGGACUGCACCACUGUUGAAUACGUAGAAACGAAAAUGCAUGUGUCCAAUAACCCAAAGAGGCUUUCUGUGGGAGUGCUGGCCUCACAGGGCUUCAGCUCAGGUGUGCACUGCUGGGACGUAGAGGUGGAAGAAAAUUACCACUGGACACUAGGAGUGGUGGGAGAGACGGUGAACCGCAAAAAACUUUACAAAAUGGAUCCGAAGAGUCGUUUUUGGUGUUUUCGUUAUGUAGAUUUGACAUACAAGAAAGGUAAUAAACCUGUAAAAAGCAUUGAUGAUGAUGAUGAUGAUGAGAGGCCAAAUGUCAUCAGACUGCAGCUGGACUUUGAUAAAGGAGAGCUGAAAUUCAUUGAGCCCUUCAGAAACAGGGUUUUGUGCACCUACACGGGUGGAUUUCCAGAGAAGGUGUUCCCAUAUUUCUGCACUGGAGAUUUUCUCAAGCCACUAAAUCUUUUUCCGGCAAACAAACAAAAUUAAUAACAUGAUGUUUUUUUCCCUGCAUUAUAAAGUAAGUGACUGUUGAUAUUGACGGCCCUGCCGAAAAAAACCCACCAUAGAUGGACAUCAGUAUUUUGUGUUUUGUACCAUCUUUCUUUAAACAAAGGCGGUUUGGUUUGAUAAAUUAUCAGAUACUAUGGCCGUAUACAUUUAUGAGUGGCUUAGUAGUUGGUGUCUUGAAUAAGGAUGAUUGACACAUUCAAAUAUGACUUAUGCUUAUGUGUAUGAUAUUUGUCUUUAAAUAACUGAAGUAGUCAGACUUUAUGCAUAUCCUAUGUUUUUACAUAUACUUGUAAUAAUAUAUAUUAUGCAGAAGGUCUAGGGGUUUUGGCUCUGUGAGAUGGCCUUUACAGAAAAACCUUUAUUCUCUUUUAACCACUGUCUGGAGUUAAAGCCAAGUUCAUAUUUCUGUCUAGCCAAAAGCGAGCGGCCAGUAAAUAACAGAAAAGGGGAUGUGAAACUACCCAUAUGUAUGUUUAGGCUGAGUUAGCAGUCACACUUUGGACUAUGAUAGAUUUCUGCCCUUUUAAUGCGUGGCAACAGCUUUAUGUUAAUUGUUAUAUUUAGACUUUGUAAGGGUAUAAAAGAUGUACUGCACCCCUCCUAGUUAGUGUGCACGCUCUCUCUUUUCUUGUCUUCUUUGAUACUUCAGGCUUCACUCUUCUAUGGAAGUUUUUUCCUAACAAAAUUAAAAUGAAAAUUCAAAUGCCUGAAAAGAUCAAAUAAUAAAUCAAACUCUCAAAACAACUACUCAAAUGAUAAAUCAAAUGCUCAAACUAUCAAAUGAUAAAUCAAACUAUCAAAAUGGCUUCUCAAAUGAGAAAUCAAAUGCUCAAAUGUAUUUGAUAUUUAAUUUUCAUGAUCAACUCAGUAUAAACCUGUCAUAAUUAAAUGAUAAAUCAAAUGCUCAAACCAACAUCGCAAACGGCAAAUCAAAUGCUCAGAUUUGCUCAAACGGAAACCGAAAAUGGCCAUUGAUAAAUUAAGCCUAUAAAACCUAAACGAAAACUCAAAACUUGGUGAAAACGUGUCAGAUGACUCUGAACAGCCAUGCAACGUUUCAUGGAGAUCUGACCUUAGUUGGCGCUAUAACAGUUAAAAAGGCCUCAAAAACACAAUAUUUCUGUAUAAAAUGACCUCAAAUUGUAGAACAUGUUCAUACAUUAACACUAGAUCUUCAUAACAUAUGAUAGAGCUCCUCAUUGUGAACAACUUUGCCUCUAGGACUAAUGUUGUCAAUCAAAUCGUUCAUUAGUUAUUCUCAAUGAUGUUGAAAACCUACUUUUGCGAACUAGUCCCUGGUUUCUCGCUCGAUCUCAAUCAAACCACUAUAGUAAUGUUCUCUGGACUCUCUAGAUCAAUAAUUAUAAAAAAAAUGUUGAAUGUUGUCAUUUGGUAAGCUGUAACAGGGUCAUUAAUAAAAGGGUGUAGCCAAAUAUACCCAGAAAACACUGUUGUAUGAGAAAUUGCUAUUUAUAACCACUAGAUGGCAGCGGAAGACCACUAAUGGGCUUAUUAAACUCUCAAACAGAACUGUUCAUAGCUUUUCUCAUGGAGAUAUUAUAAAAUCACUGUUAUAACAUUUAAAAUCACAUUUAAUUCAAGUUUACCAUUUUGUCAGUUUUUACAAUUUUGCCAUAUUAUGAUCAAAGAAAUAUAGACUCUUAAAAAAAGAAGACUUGCAAAAACUAUUGUCAACUAUAAUUUAUUUCAAAUAUCUAUAUCUGCAACAAAAUGUGUGUGCAUGUAUGUCUUUGUAUGUGUGUGUCUGUUUCUGUAAGCAUGCUUAUUGAGGCUUAAUAUAACAGUUUAACCUUUUCAUGUUUGUGAGUAUGUGUUAUUUGGCAAAAAAUAAAGGGUGGCGGUUGCAAACCUGAACGAGUUACUGAGGCAACUGCAGGUACAAAGAGUCAGGAGAAAGCAAGUUACUCAACAGUGGAUGAGGUACCCAGUUCUGCCUUAAAGCUCCGCCCACGCUAGUUGAUUGGCACUCGUCAUUUGCAUUUGAUUUAUCAGUGGCCGUUUUCGGUUUCCGUUGGAGCAAACAAUCUGAGCAUUUGAUUUGCCGUUUGCGAUGUUGGUUUGAGCAUUUGAUUUAUAGUUUGAACAUUUGAUUUAUCAUUUAAUUAUGACAGGUUUAUACUGAGUUGAUCAUG